AUGGCGGAUUCGGCGCACCCGGGCGAAAAGCUCGACCAACGCUCGAAUGCCGAAAUCGCUGCGAACUUCGAAAGGCUUAGAAAGAUCUUGCGAAAGGAGUGUGACGAAGCUGGAGAGAAGAUUGCAAGAAACUUUGCGAGUCUGGAGGCUGCUUUCGCUAUUGUUGCGAGAGCUUACAAGGGGGAUGGAAAGGACGAGUACAUAAUCAAUGGUACCGCUCGAGACAUUAGCGAAGAAGUAGCUGCACCACGACGAGGUGCAGGCACGUGGGAGGAGUUUUGGAGGGUGGUGGAAGAGAUGGCUGUGGAGCUCAUGGCCUCGGAUUUCAGUGAAGCCAAGUGGAAAAUGCUGGUGGGCAAGUACUUCAAGCUGAGCGAGGCUCCGGCGGCGCACGACGAUGGUACUGUGCAACCCGAAGGUUCCAGUUGA